AUGAUCGAGUCACUCUUUGGCUACAAUUUACAAAAUUCAAUGAAGAACGAUGAAACAAAGAGUAAAACCCCGUCUCCUAACAAGCAUCUACUUGAGCCAAAACGGUUGCAAAACAUAGCAAUACUGUCUAAAGCACUAAAUGCAACAGCCAGGGAAGUAUGCGAUGCUCUGAUACUAGGGAAGGGUUUGUCUUUGCAACAACUAGAGGCACUGGUGAAAAUGGUACCCACGAAGGAAGAAGAGGAUAAGCUCUUGAGCUACAAAGGACAAGUCGAUGAACUAGGGUUCGCAGAAAAGUUUGUGAGAGCAAUGCUUAGCAUACCAUUUGCCUUUCAACGAGUGGAAGCAAUGCUUUACAGAGAAGCUUUCGAAGAUGAAGUGGCUCACCUCAGCAACUCUUUCACAAUGUUGGAGGAAGCGUGCAAGGAACUAAGGUCAAGCAAGUUCUUCUUGAAAUUGCUCGAAGCAGUGCUCAAAACAGGAAACCGCAUGAACGUGGGGACAACCAGGGGAGGUGCUAGAGCCUUCAAACUUGAUGCCCUUCUCAAGCUUGCUGAUGUAAAAGGAACAGAUGGUAAAACCACCUUGCUCCAUUUCUUUGUUCAGGAGAUAAUUCGCUCAGAAGGAACCAAAGCUUCAAAGAGCAUCAUGGGGCAGAAGCGUGAAAACGGAACGGAGGAAGAGAAGGAAGAAGAUUGUAGAAGAAUGGGACUAAAACUUGUCUCUGAUCUUAGUGCUGAGUUAUGCAAUGUUAAAAAGACCGCCACAAUUGACUUAAGCGUUCUUGCAAGUUCUGUCUCGAACCUAUCAACUGGGUUGGCUAACAUGCAGAACCUAGUAAGAGGGUUGUUGUGUGAAGAUGAAAAAAAUAAGAGCUUUGUCAUUUCUAUGAAGUGGUUUCUGAAUUAUGCAGAAAGAAAGGUACAAGACUUGCAUGGAGAUGAAGGUAGAGUGAUGAGUCGUGUAAAAGAAAUAACUGAGUAUUUUCAUGGGGAUGUGACUAACGAAGAGUCGAAUCCACUUCAAAUCUUUGUGAUUGUUAGGGACUUUCUGGAGAUGAUAGAUAACGUGUGUAAUGAUCUUAAAAAGUCUAUGAAACCCCCUCGCGCUAUUUGUGUAGAGUAG